CGCACCAUGACCGGGCCUGCACCUCCACAGACUCUUUGUACGUGACACGACCAUGGCCGAAGGCGUCCCCAAAAUCCGCAUCCUGAAAGGCGCCGCGCCCGACCUCUCCGCGGCGACCUUCCAGAUCCACGACGAGUCGCACACCGUCGGGAACGCGCUGCGCUGGAUGGUCAUGAAAAACCCGAAAGUGGAGUUUUGUGGAUACAGCGUCCCGCACCCCUCCGAGAACCACAUCCACGUGCGCAUCCAGAUGUACGACAACCUCUCCGCGCUCUCCGCGCUCCUCGAGGCGCUCGCGAACCUCGACGACCUCUGCGCGGCGAUCGACGACGCGUACACCGUCAGCCUCCGCCGGGAUCCGUACGAGGUGUGGGACGAGAAGAGCUGAUGUCCCGUGGAGCCGCGUGCAUGCGGACUGAUGCGACUGGGGACACGCGCAAAAGUAGGAUAACCAUGUUACUAGUACGAAAGUCAAGGCGAGGGACUACAUAGCGGGCUGUGAUUGCUGAAAUAUGGAGUGUACAGAUAAUGCAAGGAGGAGAAUACAUGUGAUGUACAGGGAGAAGCAAGCUGGGUACUGGUUACAAUAAUCGUGAGAUGCAUCGAGCGGGUCGGGCGGGUGGGGUGGUAAUGCAAGGACGUGAGAACGGGGCGAGCAACAGAGCCGACAGCUCCUAGCACAUAUACACAACAGGCACGACGCGCUUCACCUGGUCCAUCACCUCCGGAUCCACCGCAUAGCACUGCGCGAGCUUCAGAUACCUCAACUCCCGCCC